AUGAAGGAACAGAGUAAGUCUGACUUGAAGUCAGGCUUCAAGCGGAAAUACCACUCGAAGUCGAGGAAAGGCUGUUCGACAUGCAAAAAAAGAAGGGUGAAAUGCGACGAGCUCAUGCCAUCAUGUGGCAACUGUGUCCGUAUGAAAUUGACAUGUGGGUACUUGCAGGACGACCAUUCCCAAGAAAACACUCCGAAAAGAAAAAAAGAGGAGAACACAAGCAAAGCCGGCAACUGCUCCCCCGGAACCCAACAGGCCACGCCGGCCAUAUCACCCAGUCCUCAGCCAAAGAAAGAGGAUGCCGCAAUGAAGUUCGCUGCGUCUGCUUUGGGCAGUGGGCUCUUAUCUGCCGGGAACUUGAACAACAUCAAUAUCAGCCAGUUGGUGAACAACCUCUCGUCCGUGGGGGAUUUGAGCUCUCUAGGCGGCUUCGCCAACUUGAGCAACCUUGCCAGUCUAGCGCAACUCCCCAGUGAUUUGGGUUCGAUCACGUCACACUUGUCUAGUAUUGGAGUCGACCUCAGCUCUUUUGGAUUGGGGCCUCAAGGAACUGACUCGCAUCUGCCCAAUGGAGUGGCGGCCUCUUCCUCCGGGGACUGCGCGAAUGCACCGAACCAAUCUCUCGACUCGUUGAUAGAUGGUGCUCCACUACUAUCUAAGCAUCCAGAAGGCACGUCUUCUGGCAAUCUAGAAAUGCCCCUGGCCGAUCCGGGAGUUUCGCAUGACUCGUCUUCCGAUUACUCAGACAGUGGUCUGUCAUCUUCUGCCAGUUUGGGCUCGCUUAAUAUGCUAGACUUGAGACUAAUGUACCACUACACGACGCAUGUCUCAAGCACCAUUACCGGAGCUGGCAUUUCUGACACCGAUAUCUGGAACAAUGAUAUCCCCACAUUGGCGUUUGAGUUUCCUUUCUUAAUGCACGCACUUUUGGCGUUCAGUGCAACACACCUCUCGCGGACCGAAAAGGGCCUAGACAAAUGUGUCACGCGACAUAGAGGAGAUGCGUUGCGCUUGUUACGAGAGGCGAUUUUGGAUAUCAGGGCUGACAACACAGACGCUUUGGUGGCCAGUGCUUUAAUCUUAAUCAUGGACUCGCUAGCAAACGCGUCUGUGCCUUCCCUGACCUCACCUAAAUCCCUUCCUGCUUCAGCUUGGAUCUUUCACGUGAAAGGAGCUGCAACCAUCCUUACUGCCGUAUGGCCGCUCACCGAGUCGUCUCGAUUCUAUAAGUUUAUUGGCGUGGAUUUAGGAGAUCUCGGCGAUAUAAUCAACCAGAAAAGUCAACUCACAGACAUGGUCCUGCUUUCUUUCGCCAACUUGAACUGCCAUGAUUCAAGUAUUGCAGAUCUUUAUCCCGUUCCCAUAAACUCACCAUAUCUAAUCACUUUAGCUUAUUUGAGCAAGCUUCACAAGGAGAGGUACAAGGCUGAUUUCAUUCUACGGAUAUUUGCGUUCCCAGCAUUGCUCGAGAAGGAGUUCUUGGGAAUGCUUAUGUCUGGAGACAUCAAGGCCAUGCGCAUUAUGAGAUCCUACUACAAGCUUCUACGGUCUUUCACUCUGGAGAUGAAGGACAAAGUCUGGUUUUUAGAAGGAGUUUCGUCGGUCCUCCCGGUCGACGUCGAAGAGUACGCCGGAGGUGCUGGUGGUAUGCAUAUGAUGCUAGAUUUCUUAGGUGGUGGCCCAGCUAUUGUUGAAGACCACGAGGUGGACAAGGAUCUACUGAUGAUCGAUCCGGGUGGUGAGAUCGCGAAUAAGCUCAUUGACACGAAUAAUUUACCGAGUGAAAUAACCAGCAACCUCGACAUCAUGCAAGGUGACAGUGGCAUGAUGGAGAUGAAGCUCGAUUGA